AUGAAGGGCUGCAAAGGCAUCGAGAACCCGGCUUUCGUCGCCUCCAGUCCAGACAGCCCGCGCCGUUUGUGUCCAUCGCCUUCUUCCGUCGAGGUCUCUGUCUUGUCCACCAAUCCCCUGAGAGAGGGUUCGCAGCCGCAGGAGCCUCAGGAGCCCCAGAAGUCCCCGGAGCCACCUCUUUCUUCAGUAACUCCUCCUGGCUCCCAGGAGCGGUCCGGGCCAGAAUCACUGUCAGAGUAUGAGGAGGGGCCCUGCGGUUGGGGGAACUUCCAACCCCAGUGUCUUCGGUGCUGCAACACGCCCCAGGGCUUUCUGUUUCACUACUGCCUUUUGGCCCUCACGCAAGGUAUGGUGGUAAAUGGCCUAGUAAAUAUUAGCAUUUCCACUAUUGAGAAGCGCUAUGAAUUGAAAAGUUCCCUGACAGGCUUGAUAUCAUCAAGCUACGAUAUCACAUUCUGUUUGUUGUCUUUAUUUGUAUCAUUCAUUGGUGAAAGAGGACACAAACCAAGAUGGCUUGCAUUUGCAUCCUUUAUGAUAGGAUUGGGAGCACUUGUAUAUUCAUUGCCAAAAUUUUUUAGUGGAAAAUACCAAUUCGGGUCCCUUUUUGAAGACAUUCAAAGCAAAGUUCCACAGAUGACCAUUUUCAUUGUCUUUGUUCUUUUUCUAGGAAUUGGCUAUUCCAUGUCAGUUUUAGGCCCUGCUGUUGGCUAUGUGUUGGGAGGACAGUUGCUAACCAUGUACAUUGAUGUUGAUUUGGGACAAAGCAUUGAUAUCACUGAGGAUGAUCCGCGAUGGCUGGGGGCAUGGUGGAUUGGAUUUCUUAUGUCUUGGCUCUUUGCCUGGUCUUUGAUAAUACCUUUUUCUUGCUUUCCAAAACACUUACCAGGUACAGCAGAAAUUCAAGAUGGUAAAACUUCCCAGAUUCAUCAGAGUAAUUCUUUACAACAUACAGAUGGGAAUUUUGGACAAAGUUUUAAAGAUUUUCCAGCUGCUCUAAAGAAUUUGAUGAGGAAUACUGUCUUUAUGUGUUUAGUUCUAUCAACUUGCUCAGAAGCCUUCGUUACUACUGGAUUUGCUACAUUUUUACCUAAAUUUAUAGAAAAUCAGUUUGGAUUGUCUUCCAGCUCUGCAGCUACCCUUGCAGGGACUGUUUUAAUUCCCGGAGCUGCUCUUGGUCAGAUUUUAGGUGGUAUCCUUGUUUCGAAAUUCAAAAUGACGUGUAAAAACAUAAUGAAGUUUGCUUUGCUCACGUCUAUAACUGCACUUACACUGACUUUUGUAUUUGUUUAUGCCAACUGUGAAAAUAAGCCAUUUGCAGGUGUAUCUGAAUCAUAUAAUGGGACAGGAGAACUGGGAAACUUGACCGCUCCUUGUAAUGCCAAUUGUAACUGCCUGCGAUCAUAUUAUUAUCCUAUCUGUGGAGGAAAUGGAAUCCAAUAUUUUUCUCCCUGCUAUGCAGGUUGUACAAAUUCUGUUUCCAAAAGACAUCCAAAGGUAUAUUAUAACUGUUCAUGUAUUGAAAGAAAAACAGAAGUAACACCUACUCCAUCAAGUUUUAGUUUUGAAGCUCAAGCCGGAAAGUGUUCAAGUCAAUGUAAAAACUUGCCUGUAUUCCUUGGCAUUUUCUUUGCUGCAGUUGUUUUUACCUUCAUGGCUGGUACUCCUAUAACUGUGUCUAUCCUAAGGUGUGUUAAUCAAAAGCAGCGGUCUCUAGCAUUGGGAAUACAGUGUAUGUUGCUUCGAUUAUUAGGCACAAUACCUGGGCCUAUUAUAUUUGGCAUCACAAUAGACAGCACAUGUAUUCUCUGGGAUAUCAACGAAUGUGGAAUUAAAGGAGCUUGCUGGAUUUAUAAUAACAUCAAGAUGGCCUAUAUGCUAGUGGCCAUAAGUGUUACUUGUAAAAUUAUCACCAUUUUCUUCAAUGGGCUUGCACUCUUUUUGUAUAAACCGCCACCAUUAGGCACGGAUGUGUCAUUUCAAAAUGAGAAUUCAGUUGUGACUACCGUUUCAUUAGAAUGUGAUCUCAGCAAAGCAGGGCAUGACGGGUAA